UCAGACAGUCCUAAAUCGUGUGUUAGAAAUUGUGUUAACAAAAUGUUGAAGAAAUUUGUUUGCUUCUUUGUGCUGAUUAGUGUAAUCGGACUCAUCAGCGAAUGGCCGAGCGCCCAUGGAAAUGCUGCAUAUUCAAUAGGGUCUCCUGAAUAUUUCUCAGGAAAUUCGUUCGACUCUGAUAAAGAUUCAUUAAAAGCUGUUGGAGAUUCAUUGAAUUCUACUACAGAUUCAUUAGAUUCUGCUAAAGAUGCAUUCGACGCAGCUGAAGAUUCAUUAGACCCUGCUGGAGAUUCAUUAUACCCUGUUAAAAAUUCUUUACGCUAUGCUAGAAAUUCAUUAAACUCUUUUUCAGAUUCAUUUGAGUCUGAUUCAGAUUCAUUUGACUCUGAUUCAGAUUCAUUAGACUCUGAUUCAGAUUCAUUUGCCUCUGAUUCGGAUUCAAUAGAUUCUUCCGAAUCACUCUCUGUUGAUGGCGGAUAUGAAAUGAAUUAAAACUUACAGAAGAUAAUUGUAAAUCAAAAUAUUGACUUUGAAUGUAAAUAUAAUAUUCUUACCAGAGUAAUUC